AUGGAAUGUGAGACUGACAGGGCUGGCUGUAUGCCUAAAUUUACCCCGGAAGAGCUGGCAGUCGAUGCCGUCCCGGUCAUUCGGCAGGCGACCUCUGGUGAUGCGAAACCAGACUGGCGACCUCUCUUUCGUCAUGAAUGCACCUUCAACCCGGUCAUCUUUCAAGAUGUCAUGCUCAACUUGAUCAAGAACCCAAACAUCAACUCAUCUUGGCUCUUCCGCGCCGAUAUCCUCCAUGAUACAAAGAAGAACAUCCAGAAUGGCUUGGAGACCCCCCUGUCUGAGCUGGGAGACGUGCCCGACAUCCCAUCCUUCGACGGCUUUGGGCUUCACCGAUGUUUGAUUCGCCGGCUUAUUCCUCGGAGCACCAUGAGGGACAAGCCCAUGGAUCAGACAUGUCUCAUCUACCAGAGUAAGGGUAGUGAUUCCGAGGGCGGUUUGCAGAGACAUUUGGUUAUUUAUCUCCCCCACGUCUCCACAGAGGCCGAGAUGCCCUAUUAUCACCCUACGGUCCGAGGCAUAGCCUUUCACCAUGAGUGGUCUCCCACAGAGACGCGCGGAUCUGUUUCUGUCUCCUAUCUCUACUUCGAAGGGGGCGAGCGCCCCGAGAAGCUCACGAGAAUCGCCUCUCACUUGCUUCAAGCCGUAUACAAACAUGGACAAGGCAGAGCUGACGGUUAUCAGAAACGGGUGCACCAUGAUCUCUUGGUACCGCAGGCCCGCGUGCAAAACACGUACACAGCGUUGAAGCAGAAAUACGCUCGCGCUCUGAUCGAGUCAUGGGUCGAAAUUACCGAUCCUACCAAGCAUGUCUUUGAAGACCUCUGCAUCGCUGCCUUUCUCAUCGAGCUAUGGACCGACAUCUAUGGACGGAACUCCUUCCCUGGGUUCGUUGACAUCGGCUGCGGGAACGGCCUCUUGGUCCAUAUUUUGAAUCUGGAAGGUUUCAAGGGCUGGGGCUUCGAUGCCAGGUCACGCAAAUCGUGGGCAACGUACAGCACCCGUCUGGAAACCCCCACAGGUGUUCAGGAGUCCUUACAGCAGCUAGUCUUGCUACCGCCGCCUGUCAGCAGGGAUGGGAUUUCCGAAAUCUCAAGUGAAGGUUUCCGGGAAGAGCUCGUCCAUGACGGCCGGUUUCCCAAGGGCACCUUUAUUAUAUCCAACCACGCCGAUGAAUUGACGCCCUGGACGCCCAUUUUGGCUGCCAUAUCAGAUUGUCCUUUCAUCAUGAUUCCUUGCUGCAGCCACGACCUGACAGGGGCGAGGUUCCGUGCGCCAGCACCCAAAGACAAGAAGAAGGCUAACUCGGCAUAUUCUUCCCUCGUCUCAUGGGUCACCCAGAUCACCGCGGAUUGCGGCUGGGUAGCCGAACAGGAGAUGUUAAGGAUCCCUAGCACGCGCAAUACAGCGAUAGUCGGGCGCAAGCGGCAGGGCGACGUGUCGGCUAUUGACAUUGGAGUCAUUGUCGAUCGAUACGGAGGCACCGCUGGCUACCUGGAGACAGUAGUGAAGUUGGUGAAGUCUACCAAUCUGGACGAGAAGCACUGA